UAUCUUAUCUUCAUUUUGGGCAAGUUCCGCGAGUUCACACCAUUCACACAAGUCUCACAAUGUUUACCUGCAGAGCAUGAAGCAACCACAAUCGGUGCGCAAUGUUUCGGAAUCAGUCAAAGCUAGUGUCCUACCGAUUGUUCUUCCUGGUACGCAGGCUGUCUACCAAAAGUGCCCCCAAAGAUGAAGCAAAAUAUACCCACACGAUCAACCUGCCGAAGACCAAAUUUCCCGCUCGCUUGACCGGUACUAAACGAGUCGAGGUUCAUGCACAACUACGGAAGUCGUGCUUUAGUAGACUGUAUAAAUGGCAACGGGAAACACUGUCGGAAGACACAGAAUUUAUCCUACACGAUGGUCCACCUUACGCCAACGGCGACUUGCACAUGGGUCAUGCAGUGAAUAAGAUACUGAAAGAUUUGAUCCUGAAGCAUAAAAUUAUUUCCGCUAGAAAGGUUCACUAUGUACCGGGCUGGGAUUGUCACGGAUUGCCAAUCGAGCUUAAGGCUCUCGAUGCAUACGGUAAGAGUCGUACCAAAGAGAAAUCUCCGAAAGAGCAACUGGACCCUUUGAAGAUUCGUCAGCUGGCGAGAAACUUUGCGCUAGAGACGAUCGCAAAACAACGAACCGAGUUUGAGCAGUGGGGCGUUACGGCAGAUUGGCAGGACGAAAGUUCCUGCUAUCGCACGCUGGAUCCUGGGUACAUAAAAGCACAGCUGGAACUGUUUCAGGAGCUCUUCGAGAAAGGGCUUAUUUAUAGGGAUCUGAAACCGGUUUUUUGGUCGCCUUCGUCACGAUCUGCCCUAGCGGAAGCGGAACUGGAGUACGACGAAGCGCACAAGAGUCCUUCAUUGUAUCUACGUCUGCAAGUGAGCGCAGCAAACGAUUGUAGUUUACUUUGCGAGAGGCUGGCAUUGGGGGAGCGGAUUGCGGCUGUUAUUUGGACAACAACCCCUUGGACAUUACCCGCAAAUCAGGCGAUUUGUUACAAUCAUGAUCUGAGCUAUAGUCUGGUUCGCUGUGAUGAUUCAAGAGACGAACUUUUGCUCGUAGGGUCUGAUCUCAUACCGUAUCUGUCGGAGCAGCUUGGAGUUGCACUGCACAAGAUAGCGGAAAUCCCCGGCACUGCACUCGAGGGUGUCAAAUAUAAACAUCCGCUCGAUGGAAUGGAGCUACCUUUCCUGCCCGCAAGUCAUGUUAAAGCUGAGAAAGGCACCGGUCUUGUACAUACUGCUCCCGCGCAUGGACCAGAUGAUUUUCUAGUUUUUCUGGAGCGUCGGUUGCCUAUUAAAUCACUUAUUGACGAGGCUGGAUGUUACAACGACCAAAGUCCUGAUUUCCUCCAAGGAAAAUUGGCACUAACAGAGGGCAAUCAGUUGAUUUUGGAGCAUCUUAAAGGGCGGACUUUAGCGUGUGGAACGAUAGAGCAUUCCUAUCCGAUAGAUUGGCGUACAAAGCAGCCGGUCAUGCUGCGAGCCAGCGAUCAGUGGUUCAUCGACACCAGCAAGCUCAAGGAACCGGCUCUAGCUGCCGUAGAGCAAAUACAGAUUUUUCCACAUACGUCGGCCGAAGUCAGCCAAAAAGUGUUGAGAGGACAGUUACAGAAGCGACCGUAUUGGUGUAUUUCUAGGCAACGUGCGUGGGGCGUGCCGAUUCCAGUGCUUUACGACAAACGGACUUCAAAACCUGUGAUUCAUUCGGCUAUAAUAAAGAUUUUAGUUGAGCGUCUUGAAAAGGCGGGCAAUAUCGAUUUCUGGUGGACAGCGGAAAUUGAGCAGCUGGUUCCCGAUCGUGUUUUGGCUGAGCUAAACUGCACAGCGGAGGAUCUAGUCAAAGGGAAUGAUAUAUUGGACAUUUGGUUUGACUCUGGAAUAUCGUGGCUGAGCGUACUGGGACGAGAACGGACGGCUGAUUUGUACCUAGAGGGACUUGAUCAGUUUACCGGGUGGUUUCAAUCGUCACUGCUGACCAGUGUGGCCACUAGGGGCGUCAGCCCGUACCGGGCGGUCUUUAUGCAUGGUUUCGCGGUGGAUGAGAAUGGUAUGAAGAUGUCAAAGUCGCUCGGCAAUAUUAUUCAACCGAAGGAAAUUGUAAACCAGUACGGCUGUGAUGCCCUCCGGUGGUGGGUUGCUGCUCAUGCCAUCCAAAACACCUCCAUUCCGGUUAGUCAUAAACUACUCAGUUCGUCGGCGGAGAGUGUGCAGAAGAUUCGGAGCAUCUUGAAAUAUCUGCUUGGUGUUGUCCCAGAUCGAAGGGAAGAGGUCAAACUGGCGGAGUCUGGCUUGAAAUUAGUGGACAGAUACUUUCUGCAACAGUUGCAGCAAUUUCACGAUACUAUAUUCAAACUGUACGAAUUCUAUCAAUAUAACAAAGCCUCCGCGAGCAUUUUAACCUUCUGCGUGUCAACAUUAUCCGGUUUUUAUUUGCAUUUAAUCAAAGACCGUCUCUACUGCGGUUCAGACGAACAGCACCGCAAUCUGCAGGCCAUCCUCGGUCAUACGUUCGAAACGUUAUGCAAAGUUCUUUGGCCGUUGGUGCCCUUCCUUGUGGAAGAAAGUUGGUCCUAUAAAACAGAAGAACCAUUUUUCGAAUCCUGUCAACGGAUACAUUCGUUUGGAGAAGCAGAAGACUCUUCACACAACGCAGCCAUCAUCAAACAGGCACUCGAUCUUAAGGGACUCGUUUUUCGCCAACAGGCACUCGACAUAAACACGUGGUUACUUGCGGUAGAAGCCACGGUACCCGCUCCGGUUUUGCGCCGUUUACAAGAACUGCAUCCAGCUGCUCCGGACAGUUUCUGUGCCGACUCGGAUUUGUGCGAAAUUCUUCAGGUUGGAACGGUAUGUCUGCGAGAGGCGCCAGAUGACAAAGUUACUGUGUCGAUCGGUAAACUUGAGCAGUCGUUAUGUCCGCGCUGCAGACGAUUCACCGCGGAUAAAACCGUCUGUACUAGGUGCGAUGCCAUACUGAAAGCAAAGUCCUUCUAAGAAAUUCUCGAUCGCUUGAUGCGAAAAAUGAUUACAAAGGCAGUUUUGGUGUCUUCCCGGCAGCCAAAAGCCACCGACAAAACUUUAUAUAUUUCAUUGGUUAACUU